AUGUCUUUCCUCACAAAGAUUGUCAAGAAUGAUGCCAUGAAAAAUGAUCCCCCCCAGAUUUACAACUGGAGGGUUUAUGUCCUAUCAUGCUCAGCAUGCUUUGCUGGUAUGUUGUUUGGUAUGGAUAUUGGUAUUAUCGGCGGUGUCCUGAAACUGGACACUUUCAGACAUAUGUUUGGGCUUCAGCAUCUAGACAAAGUUGGUGGUGCCAACUUGGAGGCGAACAUCGUGUCUACUCUACAGGCAGGAUGUUUCAUUGGUGCAUUGGCUGCCAGUUGGUUUGCCGAUAAGUUUGGGCGAAGGGUUACACUCUUUGGAUGUGCUAUAAUUGCUAUUGUUGGAACCGUAUUGCAAGCCGCGUCCAUGGGUCACUUGGCUGCUAUGUAUAUUGGAAGAUUUGUCUCUGGUGUCGGGGUCGGUGCUGCUUCUAUGGUCAACCCUCUUUACACAUCUGAAAACGCCCCUCGUGCCAUUCGUGGUGCUUUGACUGGUCUAUAUCAACUCUUUAUUGUCACUGGUGUCUGUAUCGCUUUCUGGAUCAAUUACGGAAACCUUCUCCACGUCAAAGGAAAUGCCCAAUGGAUUGUAUCCCUUGCUAUGCAGGGACUCCCCGCCGUCUUCCUCGCCCUUGGUAUGCUGGUCAGCAACGAGUCACCGCGUUGGCUUGCAAAGACCGAUCAAUGGGAGAAAGCUACCGCCACUCUUGGUCGUGUCCGUAACCUUCCAGGUGAUCACGAAUAUGUCCAGGCAGAACUCCACGAAAUGAGGGAACAGCUCGAGUUUGAGGCACGCUUAACAGGUGGGAGUGGCUUCUGGGAUCUGCAGAAAGAGAUGUGGACCAUCCGAGGAAACCGUAACAGAGCUCUGCUUUCUAUCGGUCUCAUGGUUUGCCAACAGAUGACUGGUACCAACGCUAUCAACUACUAUGCUCCCCAGAUCUUUGCCAACCUCGGUCUCUCAGGAACUGAAACUGGUCUCUUCGCUACCGGUAUCUAUGGAAUUGUCAAAAUGAUCACUUGCUCCAUCUUCCUUCUCUUUGUUGCGGACUCCCUCGGUCGUCGUAAAUCGCUCCUCUGGACAUCCAUCGCUCAGGGUGCCUGCAUGUUCUAUAUCGGCUUUUACGUCCGCUUCGACCCCCCACAGGUGGGCGCCGAUGUUCCCCCAGCCGGUUACAUCGCUAUCGUCAUGAUUUUCUUGUUCGCUUCCUUCUUCCAGUUUGGGUGGGGUCCAGUCUGUUGGAUCUAUGUCUCCGAAAUCCCUACCGCCCGUCUUAGAGCUACCAAUGUCGCUUUGGGAGCAGCUACCCAAUGGUUGUUCAACUUUGUUGUUGCGAGAGCUACGCCUAACAUGAUGGCUACUGUUGGAGAGGGAGGGUACGGAACUUAUUUCAUCUAUGGGUCUUUCUGUUUCUCUAUGUUCUUCUUUACAUGGUUCUUCGUGCCAGAAACCAAGGGCGUCUCACUCGAGAAGAUGGACGAAAUCUUUGGCGUUGUCGAUACCAAGAUUUCAGACUCGGAGAGAGGCCUGCCUCAGGGUGGUUCAAACCUUGAUGACGAGAAAUUUCCUGUUGCUACUCAUGUCGAGUCCAGGAACUAA